GCCACAGCCGACAGUGCAGCGGCAGCAUCUAUUCAUCCAUCCAUUCAGGACCGUGCGUAACGGAGGACGUGCUGUUGACGAGGCUUUACUACUGCUAUACUGCCCCGUCCCAUCUACUCAACACGAACCUGCGUGACUAUACUAUCGCAUUCCGUGUGGACAUAAGCGACAAAAGCAUCAUAACGGGGCCGUGAAGUCAGGCAAAGAAGUCCAUCUGGAUAGCUACAACAAAGCGGUCCGGUUCGGGAACCAGCGAGGGGAAAGAAGAAAUCAGAAGUGCGGAGGAGAGAGGACGAGAGGAAGGAAGACAGGAUGAACCUCAAGAGUCAUUUGCUUUUUACCUUCUACACUGUUUACGUGCUCCUGGUGAAAGGCCUCAGCGGUCAGCACCCUCUGGUCGACAACGUAACGGUGACAGAGGGAGGGACAGCCAACCUGACCUGCCGCGUGGAGUCCAAUGACAACACCUCCCUCCAGUGGUCCAAUCCGGCACAGCAGACUCUGUUUUUUGGGGACAAGAAAGCUCUGAGGGAUAACCGGAUCGAGCUGGUUCGUGCCACGUCGUCCGAGCUCACUAUCAGCAUCAGUGACGUGUCUCUGUCAGACGAGGGCAGAUACACCUGCUCUCUCUUCACCAUGCCCAUCAGAACAGCCAAAGCCUACCUGACUGUACUAGGUGUACCUGCAAAGCCAGAGAUCGAGGGUCUGACGAAGCCUGCUUUGGAAGGUGACCAGAUCACCCUGACAUGCAGCAGCCAGGGCAGCAAACCCGCCGCCGACCUGCGCUGGUUUAGGAACGAGAAGGAGGUCAAAGGAGCCAAGGUGGUGAAUCCUAUGGGGAAGACGUUCACGGUGCAGAGCUUUCUGCAGCUGCAGGUGGACAGAAACGAUGAUGGAGUGGCCUACACCUGCCGCGUGGACCACGUGGCCCUGUCCCAGACGCCGCAGCAGGCCACCGAGGUGCUGGAGGUCCACUAUGCCCCUCGUGUGGAGAUUAACCCCCUCCAUUCUGUGCCACUGGAGGGUCAGUACCUCAGACUGGAGUGUGUAUCCAAAGGCAACCCUUCACCUGACCCUGUGAUGUGGACUAAGGAUGGGGGCGAGUUGCCUGACUUGGAGCGUAUGAUUGUGGAGGGGCGUGACCUCACCUUCACCUCUCUGAACAAGACGGACAACGGGACGUACCGCUGUGAGGCCAGUAACCACCUGGGCACCAGCAGUGCUGAAUACAAGCUCUAUGUGUACGACGCACCCACCUCCCCACCUCCACCCACCACUGCCCCCCUCCAUCCCUCCACCCCAGAGUCCACUGCUCAGUUAGACAGCCCCGCCUCCGAGCCCUCAGUGACCGGACACAGAGACCCAAACGCAGUGGGGCAGCACGGCACGGACCAUGCGCUGAUCGGUGGAGUGGUGGCUGUAGUGGUCUUCGUCACCUUGUGUUUAAUCAUUGUCCUGGGGAGAUAUCUGGCCAGGCAUAAAGGAACAUACUUGACAAACGAGGCCAAGGGAGCAGACGAUGCGCCAGAUGCUGACACGGCUAUCAUCAACGCCGAGGGCAACCAUGCGCACGCAGAGGAAAAGAAAGAGUACUUCAUUUAGACUGAAGGGGGCGCUGUCACGGCUCUCUCACAUCAUCCCCCACCUCUCUCUUCUCUGUCUCUCCAUCGUUUGACCACUGCCUCCUCACCAUGACGACCACAGACAAAGAAAACCCUUCCCACGUGCAUAUUGCCUUCGGUGUUGGCCAUUUUGUCCACUAUUUUGUUCUAGGCAGCUUGCAGUGGGAGUUGUCGCCUUCUCCGUAUAGUCGACCAUGACGGUUUUUCAAAAUGGCCUCCUCUCUUCUACCCUCCCCCCUUUACACACAAGUAUUCAGUUCACACAUACGACCCACAAAGCGCAUAUCUCACAUAAACACGGUGCCUAAAACUACCAUUGAAAUCUCGUCAAUGCCUUCAUGUAUAUUGUCUGUGGGUAGCUUCGAGAGGUGGCAAGUUCGAGUCCGCUCGGUUCAUUUGCGCUUAGCUUUUGACAAUUUUCGUUCUGAUUUCAACAAAGAUCUGUGCUGUUGUAACGCCUUAUACUUGUCAAUCAUAUUUUUAGAUGCUCCACGACUUUACCCCCUUCUAUCUCCUCUCUCGUUCUCGCUUUCUCCCACCAAAUAGACUUGUAAUUACAAAUGCCCGUUGUAAGAUACGAAGAAGGUUUUUUGUGUAACACUGUAGCAAGGUCUGUCAGAUACGUGUAUAAUAUGAUUUUCAAUAGGGUUAGGGGUACUCAAAAAACAAUGGGUAGUGUGGUAUCGUCUAUAAUACACACCAAAAAUGUCAAGAUGCUAGUUACAGUUAGCAUUUUUUCAUCCUAUAACUCAAAUGCUAAAUCUGCUAUGUACUUUUUGUCGGUAUAGUGCUGCACUGUCCAGGCUGCAGGUUAGCAAAAAAUAUCACAAAAGCUUAAGGUAGUUUGUCAUUGAGCUUUCGGGUGUACAGAAAGAGUCAUUUCUCUACUGCUGUAUAAAUGGUAUUGAAGUUAGUUUAUUAGCUUUUCAAUUUGUAAUUUCACACACAUUCAACGUCACUGAAAUAGUUUUGGAGAACCCCCUGAUUAGAGAUUAGAGUUGUUUAUUUUACUUUUUUGUAUUCAUUUUACAUUUAGAUACCUUUUGUGCGUACAAUUUAAGGUCAAGGCAGCUUACCUGUAUACUGUAGUCACGCGGGAUCACAUUCGUUUUAUUUUUAUUGGGUUUUAAUCAUCUGAAAAAAUACAAUGUAGUGUCAAGUCAUAGUCCAAAGGGGGCACUAUUUUCUGAAACAUACUCAUAACAAAAGAAGAAGCACAAAAAGGCGGAAUGGUUGUCGGAAAUCAGUUCACCACAUUCUCCAGAGUCCAAAUAUAAACAGUUUUUAUUGGGAAUUUCAGCAAAAAGGUUUCUAAUGUUAUAAUUUAUUAUUUUGAAACUCCCCUUCUGUAUAUUGUGUCUGCAAAAAAGUGAUUCAUUUGUGGAAAGUGCUGUUUGGAAUCCUGUUAGAAAUUUGUAUAUUUGCCAACCUCUUUUUAAUUUCUCACUUCUAAUUUGUUUUACUAUAGGGCAUGUAUAUAAUGAGCUUCUCCCGUUCAUUUUUAUUUAAAUUAUUCAGGAGAUGCAAACAGUGAAGGAUAUUUAUAACAGUGACAGAGGCUAUGUGUAUAUGGCAUGCUUUUAGUGGGAUUGAGUUGAAGGAAAAUAAAAAAAUAAGAAAAGCAAUUUGCAGUUAAAGAUUUUAAAACAAAUUCUAAAAACAUGGGAUAUAAAUUUUCCAAAAAACACACUUAAAAUCCUGUUUUUAUCCUUUUAUUUUGUCUCUACUCUAUAUUUUCAUUGUGCAUUACUUUACAGGAAUCUGAGUUGAUUUCUGAAAUCCAAGACUUCACGGCACUAAUCCACAAAGAGGGAGCAAAUUAUUACCAAGGGCAAUAAAAUAGCCCCACCUGUCUCCAAUUCACUGGCCAAUUUACAACAUUAUGCAAAUGAGGUCAGCAAGUAAAAGGUCUUUCUCUGUAUGUUAAUUCAAGCUGGGAACCAUAGAUCGAAAAUUGUAGUGUGUCACCAUUCACUUUGUGUUCUGCUGCAUAUGACCUACGCAACCGGCAAUUAUCAGUGCUUUCACGAGUGCUACCAGUUUCAAUAUAUAGCUUAGUACUGUGCAAAAGUUUUCGGCAGGCUUGUUAGAAAGGGCCUGAGGUUAAGAAAGGUGUACCCAUGCCAGCAAAAGAAAGAAGACAAGUAUAAACAAACAGCCAUUAUCAUCUGUAGUCUCAAAUACUGUAGAUGGUUCAGGUAAAAAAAAAAAAAAAAAUCUGCAAAGUUAUUAAAAUGAAACACUCGCCAUUAGAAAUCCAAAUUGCUGUUAAUUUGUUUAAAUAAAUGCGUACAAGGUAUAACUUGGCUCGUCUCCAUGGAAGCAGAGGUUGCACCAGGAGAAGAAAAAUAGUUUUGGGAAAUGGGAAUCUUUCUAUAAACCAUGAUCUUAGGCCAGCGGACAGUUUUUAAAUGUUUGGUUGUGUGGGGUUGUAUUUUAAGCACAUAUUACUAAAACUUUUGUACAGUAUUGCUUUCAUUGUGCUUCAGCCUGUCAAUCACUUUGUACAACUUGCAAAUGUCACACUCUGUAUAUAACUGUACCACUAAGAUGUUCUGUUUUUAUAGUUUAUUUUCUAUUCUUACUGUGUCUUAAAGCAGUGAUGGUGUCAAUCAAGUCUUUUGUUAAUUUACAUGUGUUGAUGAAAUUGAUUUGAAGAAUUAGAAUUGUGUUAUUAUUAGGUUGGUUGAAUUAGGAGCUGAACAGGUGCCAUUUCCUGAAUUAUGCACUCUGACUAAUUUGACAAUUUCUUAGUAAAAUGUGUGAUUGAUUUUGUUUUCUGUGCGUUUUAUUUUUUAACAAAAUCCACCUGUAAAUAUUUCUUUUGACAUGGAAGUAAUGAGCUAAUUUCUUGCAUAUGGCUUUUUAUAAUAAUUAGUCCAAUUGGAAUCCAUUUUAAUGUGUUGAGAGCCUGGCACAUCCCGUCAUGCACUAUUUGGUAGAUUCAACUGUAGCUCGCUUUGAGUUUAUUUUUUUAUUAUUAGUUAAUUUCUAUAUUGUGUUGAAACUAAGCUUUAAAUCUGCUGCCUAUCCAAUACAAACACACAGAUGUGAGGCCUCUAAUUUCACACUGGUGGACAGAUUGAAACAGCAUUAUCUCAUUUCCACUGGGCAUAGGUCCAUGGUUUGAUUUGAGUUUUUUAAUAUACUUUUUAAGCUUCAUUUCCAGGCUCAUAGCAAACAUCUUUCUUUGAAAAUAGGUGGAGGGCCAGCUGAGGUGAUGUGUUUAUGCAGAUCAGGCAAAGUCCUGCAAUAGAGGUUUCCAUUAUGCCAUGAAAUUGCCCAAUUUCAAGAACAAUUUUCAUGUUGGCUGAGGGACGUGAAGACGGAUACCAAUUCACAAAAUGUAUGUGGAUUGAAUUCUUUAACCUGGAAAUAUUCAUGGUAAAUAUAAUUAUGAAAAUCAGUUGCAUUUUUCCUGUGUUAUUAUUGUCUGCAACAUUUUAGUUGAGACAAAGCAUCAAAACAAACAUGUCAGCGCUUUUAGGUUUGAAAUCACAUUGAGUUCUACCACAGAUCAACAAAAUGUUUCUAGUAAUAAUUGUAUUUAUUUUGACCAAGCACCACCAAACACAGUUAAAAUUACAUAAAGUAUUGUCUGAAACACUGAAUAUCACAUCAGUCAAUGGUAAAUUUGUUUUUGUACUCUCAAGAGCUGUGAUUCAUGCCAGCCUCUCUUGUGUGUAUUAUCUCUUUCCUCUUCGGAGACUGUUCUUUUGGCCUGUGCUUUAAGGUGGAAAGAGUUGUAAGCUGAAAUAAUUGAUCAUUAUGAAAGCUCACCAAAACUCCACCUGCCCCAGCUGCACCUGUGCACACAAACACUGCGUAUAGUUCACUCACACCAGUUUGAAAUUACAGAGGCCCCAAGUUCCACCAAGGGGAGUAUACAAGUAAUGAUCUAUUUUGUUUUUAUUUAAAGGUUUUCAUUUGCCCUACUUUAUUCACUGUACAGACUGGCUUCCUCCACAAAAAUAAUAAAUUCUUACUCACUACAACUUGUAACACAAUUGCUUCUAGAUUUUUUUUUUUUAUUUGAUGAAAUUGUUGUGUUUUGUUUUGCAUCUCAGGAAAAUCUUUCAUUUAGAAAUUUGUCUUAUAAAAGGGGACUCGCUGGAGCACGUUUCACUGUGCUAGUCCUUAAUGCUGACACCAUGUAUGUGUUGAGUUUUGGA